UCGAUAGGACUAUGCCAAAACGCCAAAGAAUGACCGAGAAUGGUGUGCGCAAAAACUUGGUGUACUGUUCAGGAGCGAAAGGGUGCACUCGGUGAGCGUGUCUUUGAUCCGUGAUCAUGCCAUGCGUGGGCUUGCCAACCUGGCCCUCCCUCCCUGCUCGCCGCCGUCAUUGCCCUUGGCCUGCCCUGCUCCUCCUCUUCACGGUCUCAGAGGUGGCUGUAGGGUCCCCUUUCCCCCCCUUCCCGCCCCAACUUGGCUGACGGCAGCCACUAGAGAGCCUCCGAUAUCUCCUUUACAAGGAUGACGGGCACCAUUCUCCCCUCUAUGCUCCCGAUACCACCCACCACCCUCACUCACUCACCUUACUCACUCUCUCACUUACAUCCGCCUGCUCCACUCAUCUUUGAGUGGUUCUAUCUUGCUUAUUCUUACAAAGUUCGACCGCUCUGUGCAGUGGUGCUACUUGCGCUCAGGUGCAGCAUCUUCAACCAUUCUUGUAGAAAAAAUGUAAGUGUCCUGACCAUGGCUGCAGUCUCGUCCG